GCAUACGGGCCUCGGCGAGCAGCUCCCGCGGGGCGGCCAGAGCCUGCUCCGCCCGCCCGCACGGCCCGGCCCGCCCGCCUCGGCACGGCGCGGCCCGCUCCGCUCGCCCGGACCGCUCGGCCCCCGCCCGCCUUUAGCCUGGAAGAUGGCGGGUGGCGUGGACGGCCCCAUAGGGAUCCCGUUCCCGGAUCACAGCAGCGACAUCCUCAGCAGCCUGAAUGAGCAGAGGAACAACGGGCUGCUGUGCGACGUGGUCAUCCUGGUGGAAGGCCAGGAGUUCCCCACCCACCGCUCCGUCCUGGCGGCGUGCAGCCAGUACUUCAAGAAGCUCUUCACCUCAGGGUUAGUGGUGGACCAGCAGAACGUGUAUGAGAUAGACUUUGUGAGUGCGGACGCGCUGUCGGCGCUGCUGGAGUUCGCCUACACCGCGACCCUCACCGUCAGCACUUCCAACGUCAACGACAUCCUCAACGCCGCCACGCUGCUGGAGAUCCCGGCCGUCAGGGAUGUCUGCACGGAUCUCCUGGAGAGGAAGAUUCUGGCCAAAAAUGACCAGAUGGAUACAGUAGAUCAAAUUGAUCAGAGGAACCAUCUCAGAGCAAAAGAGUACCUGGAGUUCUUCCAGAGCAACCCCGUGAACGGCCACCAAGGCAGCUUUCCGUGGACCAACCCAGAGUUGAGAGACCUUCAGAGACUGAACUUCCGAGGCCAAGAGGAGGAGGAGGAGGCGAACUGCAACGGCCUGGACUUCUACUCGCAAGCCACCCCAACCGAAAGACCAAAGGCAAGUGACUGUGACCCCGACAGCAACCCGGCCAUGUGGCUGGAGCGCGAGGACGAGGAGCAGGCGGGCGGCGGGAUGUUCUCCCCUUCCCAGAACGGACAUUACAGCAGCCGCGGCCUGGCCACCCCGGCCGAGGAGGAGGGGGGCACCCCCAGGGGCCCCCUGGACCCGCAGGAGGCCGGGGACUCGCCCAGCUUCAUCCCCACGGGCACGGAGACGGAGGACGAUGCCAGGGAGGUGGAUGACCUGGCCGCCAGCGCCCUGCUCCAGCAGAUGAUCAACUCGGUGGGGCGGCAGCAGCUCGGCGACGACGACCGCAAGGACGAGGACGGGGUCAUGGAUUAUUACUUGAAAUAUUUCGGCAGUUCCAGCGAGGGCGACGUGUACCCGUCCUGGUCGCAGAAGGUGGAGAAGAAGAUCAGGGCGAAAGCAUUCCAGAAGUGCCCCAUCUGCGAGAAGGUGAUCCAGGGCGCCGGGAAGCUGCCGCGCCACAUCCGCACCCACACCGGGGAGAAGCCCUACGAGUGCAACAUCUGCAACGUCAGAUUCACCAGGCAGGACAAGCUGAAGGUGCACAUGCGGAAGCACACGGGGGAGAAGCCCUACCUGUGCCAGCAGUGCGGCGCCGCCUUCGCCCACAACUACGACUUGAAGAACCACAUGCGGGUGCACACGGGGCUGCGGCCGUACCAGUGCGACAGCUGCUGCAAGACUUUCGUCCGCUCCGACCACCUGCACAGGCACCUUAAAAAAGAUGGAUGCAACGGGAUCCCGUCGCGGAGGGGCCGCAAGCCGCGGGUCAGGGAGGCCGGCGGGGCCUCCUUGCCCCCCACGCCCACGGAGGACGGGAGCGCCCCGGCCCCCGAGGCCGAGGACGCGGCCGCGGGCAGCGAGGAGCAGCAGCAGCAGCAGCACUUUGAGGAGAAUUCCAAUAACGAAGCGCCGGGAUUGAAUGUAGCAGGAGGGUCGGAUGAGGGUAAUGAGCAAGGACUCUCCUAAACCAAAAAAAAAAAAAAAACAAACCAUAAAACCAACCCCAAGCGAUGAAACGAUAAGUCACAAAAUCUAGUUAGUACUUUUCCUCCGAUUUUUCUCUUUAAAAGAUGUUUCUCUCCCUUUUUUUUAAGGAAAAAACAAAAAAAAAAAAGCUACAAAAAAAAGCAAAAAAAAAAAAGAGAGAUAUUAUAUUAAUGUUUUCCAAUCUUCCCAUCGUAAGCGGGGCUCUCCCCCGAGGAUCCCUCAUAGCCAAGGACCUUUUCUUGGAAAGGCAAGGACGCUAGGGAAGCACGAGGUGGGGAUGGAAAGUGGCUCUGUCGCAUGGAAAAGAGCUUCCAUGUAAAUCCAAAGCUUUAUUUUGUGUCCAAACACAUGUUUAAAAAAAAAAAAAAAAAAGAAAAGAAAAAAAAACUUAUUUCAGAGAGAGAUCUAUUUAAGAAAAAAAAAAGGAAAAAAUAGAAAAAAAAAAAAGGAGUGGUAGGAGUUGGAAGGGCUGUGGCAGGGAGGGGUUUGGGAUUUGGGGGCUCCUUCCCAGCAGAUCGGGGUCAGGAUUUGGGGUCCCAGCCCCCCCCGAGUGCGAGGCUCAGUCGGGCAGCGAGGGCUCCGGGUGGGGAGAAAUUGCUGGAAAUUGCUGGGAAAAUUGCCUAAAAAAAUAAAAACAAAAAAAUCAUGUGAGAGAGAGAGAGAGAGAGAGGGCAGCAGGUUCGGCAGGGUUUGUGUGGGCACCCGGGGCUGGGGACAGGGCAGGGCUGGGACAGCGGGAUGGGACAGCAGGGCUGUGGAUGCAGCGUCCGUCCCUCUGUCCAUCCCUCUGUCCAUCCCAUCCAUCCCUGUGUCCAUCCUGUCCAUCCCUCUGUCCAUCCCUCUGUCCAUCCUGUGUCCAUCCCUCUGUCCAUCCCUCUGUCCAUCCCUGUCCAUCCCAUCCAUCCCUGUGUCCAUCCCUCUGUCCAUCCCUGUGUCCAUCCCUGUCCAUCCCUCUGUCCAUCCGUGUCCAUCCCUGUGUCCAUCCCUCUGUCCAUCCCUGUCCCCCCCAUGUCCCUCCCUGUCCAUCCCUCUGUCCAUCCCUCUGUCCAUCUCUCUGUCCCUCCCUGUGUCCAUCCCUGUGUCCAUCCCUGUCCAUCCCUCUGUCCAUCCUGUGUCCAUCCUGUCCAUCCCUGUGUCCAUCCCUCUGUCCGUCCCUCUGUCCAUCCCUCUGUCUGUCCCUGUCCCUCCCUGUCCCUCCCUGUCCAUCCCUGUGUCCAUCCUGUGUCCAUCCCAUCCAUCCCUCUGUCCAUCCCUGUGUCCAUCCCUGUCCAUCCUGUGUCCAUCCCUCUGUCCCUUCCUGUGUCCAUCGCUGUCCCUCUGUCCCCCCCAUGUCCCUCCCUGUCCAUCCCUGUGUCCAUCCCUGUGUCCAUCCCUGUCCAUCCCUCUGUCCCUCCCUCUGUCCCUCCGUGUCCAUCCCUCUGUCCGUCCCUCUGUCCAUCCCUCUGUCCCUCCCUGUCCCCCCCAUGUCCCUCCCUGUCCAUCCCUCUGUCCAUCCUGUGUCCAUCCCUCUGUCCAUCCCUGUGUCCAUCCUGUGUCCAUCCCUGUGUCCAUCCUCUGUCCAUCCCUGCCCCUCCCUGUCCAUCCCUGUGUCCAUCCCUGUGUCCACCUUGUGUCCAUCCCUCUGUCCAUCCCAUCCAUCCCUGUCCCUCCCUGUGUCCAUCCCUCUGUCCAUCCCUCUGUCCCUCCAUGUCCCUCCCUGUCCAUCCUGUGUCCAUCCCUCUGUCCAUCCCAUCCAUCCCUGUCCAUCCCUGUCCAUCCCUGCCCAUCCCUGUGUCCAUCCCUGUGUCCAUCCCUGUCCGUCCCUCUGUCCGUCCCUGUCCCCCCCAUGUCCCCUCCCCGCAGUGCCCAGGAAGUGCCUGAUCCAGCCCAGCCCCCGCUGCCGCAGAAUUUGGGGCUGGGGGUUCCCAAAUCCCCCCCAGGGAAUUUUUCUGUUCCCCCCUCCCCUCUCCCUCCUCCCCCAGGGAAUUUUCCCCCUCCCCAGCGCAGCCCCAAAAACGCCUCCAAAAAUCCCAAAAAGGUUUUUUGGGGUGACCCUAAAGGAGCAGGAGGCCUUUGGGGGGAGGGGGAGCAGCCCCCCCAGCCCCAUCCCCAAAAAUAAAAUAAAAUAAAAUAAAAUAUAUAUAAAUAUAUAUCUAGAGAUGCUCUAUGGCUGGAGAGGCGGGUCCCGACCCUCGGGGGGAAAAGGCACCUUUGAGUUGGUCACCUGUUUUCUAAAUGCACAUUUUUAAAUGCUAAAAAACAAAAAAAAACAAAAAAAAAGAGUAAAAAA